UAUUCACAGCUGAAUAUUUUUAAUAAUGGAACAGCUUCCCCAACACAUGGUCCCCAUGGUGAGGAGGGACAAAGAAGAAGAGAAGAAAAAGCCCAAAGACUCCAAACCUAAUAAGAGAGAAGCAAAUCUCAUGAGAAGAGCUGGAGGAGAGAUGUGGGUGGACGAUACCCUAGCAGAAUGGAACCAGAGCGAUUACAGAAUUUUCUGAGGUGAUCUUGGAAAUGAGGUUUCUGACCAUGUCCUAGCCAAUGCAUUCCGAAAAUACCCAAGCUUUGCAAGAGCUAAAGUUAUUAGGAAUAAAGUAACAGGAAAAUCUAAAGGAUUUGGAUUCGUUUCUCUUCUAAAAGAAUCUGAUUAUGUCCGAGCAAUGAGAGAGAUGAAUGGUCAACAUGUAGGGAAUAGGCCAAUAAGACUAACAAGAAGUAAAUGGAAGGACAAGAGUCUGAAGGGUGGAAAAUUCAAAGGAAAAGCCAAAUUUAAGAAGAAAGCCUUGUUCUAGAUUUUUCUUAAACUUCAUAUCUCAACUUUAA